AUGCGAUUGUAUACAUCAAUCUGGGUCCCGGAAGUGUUAGCUUGGGGUUCAGACGCAACAAAUCCUGUAGGUGCUGAGUAUAUCAUCAUGGAGAUGAUUCCGGGGGUUCCGCUCGCUGAAGAACAAUGGAAAACGAUGAGCGCCUUAGAUCGCUACAGAGUGAUUGACCGAAUUGUGGAAAUGGAGAAAGAGCUCGGCAACCUGCAGUUCCCGGCAUAUGGGAGGACCUCCCUUCUGAACUUUGCGCUGUCAAUUCCCGAACAAGAACUAACGCGCAUUGCAAAUGAGCAAGCGGAGGUACAGGAUGACCUCAAUAACUUCAGCGAGGGUCAGUCCAUCAACGAAUAUCGCGACCUUUUGACAAAAGUGAAGGAUGUCCUCCCUAUUCUAGCGCAGGAUCCAAGCCUUCAAUCAGCUCAGGCGGCUCCGCUCUUCAUCCAAGCUCAAUUUGCAGAGUUCCUUAGGCCGCCCAAGGGUUACAACCCUGGCAACGAAAUCCCCAAUCCCGAGCAAAAGGAGCGAGCUAUCAAGGACAAGACACUGGCCACACAGUCGAAAUACUAUGAAAUGUCUCGCCUUACGACUGGGCUAGUUAGGGGGCUUCCGGGAUGCUGUCCCUUUGCACUUUGA